GCAUGACAGGCUAAGCCACCAUACCGAGUCUGUGUUACCAGAUAUUUGAUUUUAAGCCUUUUAGGAACAGCUCACCUAAGUUAAAGAUUUUAAAGGAGGGAGAAAAAUUCUUACUUAAAGCUUUUCUUUCCUCUGCCUAGCAAUCUCUGAGUGUGGAUGUAGCUUUUCAUGUGUGAAAUAACUUCCUAUUUACCUCUAAAAAGAUAUAGUUACCCUCAAAUUCUUUGUCCAGCCUCUCAUUCUGGUGCAGCUUGACAGCAGUCCUAUGAUGAGAGACUGUUAUGGAAGAAGUAGCAUUGACUUAUUUUAUUACAUUUUGGUAGGCAGCAGUGACACAGGAAAUAAUAUGGGUUUGAUAUUUUCAUAUUUACUCCUUUACCUUAAAGGAAGAAUGAGGACUCCUUUUUAUGUUAUUUAUCCCAUAAUAUUGUGACUUUUAAAUCAGAAGUAGCCAGGGAUAUUAGAAAGAGAUGAUAGGUUUUUUAUUCUGGGAAAGAAAAAAAAAAUUUGGAGUUUUAUUUUUUACAUUGAGUCAAAAAGAGUAGAAAGCAGAUAUUCAUAGGUCAUCAGCAUCUAAUAUAAUAGGCUAAAAAAGCAAUUUAAAAAUAUGUAACUGAGUAAGUGUCAUUCUCUUUUGUGUACUGGAAUGAAAUUGUCCCAUGCUAGUAAAGAAAUAACAAAGGAAAAAAUGCUUUUAAACAUGGCUGUGAUGGGGGAAAAUAUAACAUUUCUAUUUAUAACUUGUACAAAGUCCCACAUAAAAAUAGCUCCAACUAGCAGAUUUGCUCAUAUCUGGAAUACAAAGUUGUUGCUGCCAGUGAUUUGAGGAAUUCUAAUAAGAACAACAGCAUUGCGAAGUUUCUUGGGCUAUGCCAGUUUUAAAGUGGGAGAGCUACUGAAGUCAAAGGAGCAAUUGCUGGCCCUGAGCCUGAGAACUUCAGAUGGUGGCAAAGUGGUUGGCACCAUAGAAGUCAGUGUCGUGAAGAUGGGGGAGAUUGAGGAUGGGGAAACUGACCACAUCACCACAGAUGUACAGGGACAAAAGUGUGCCCUGGUAUGUGAAUAUACAGCCCCAGAAAGUGUGAGCGGAAAAGAGAACCUGCCUUUUUUGAAUUCAGUGUUAAAGAACCCAGUAUGUAAAUUAUAUAGAUUUCCCACAUCUGACAAUAAGUGGAUGCGAAUUCGAGAGCAGAUGUCAGAGAGCAUUCUUUCUUUUCAUAUUCCUAAGGAAUUGAUUUCCCUUCACAUUAAAGAAGAUUUGUGCAGAAACCAGGAGAUAAAAGAACUUGGUGAGCUUUCUCCACAUUGGGACAAUCUGCGAAAAAACGUCCUUACUCACUGUGAUCAAAUGGUGAAUAUGUACCAAGACAUUCUGACAGAACUUAGCAAGGAAACAGGAUCCUCUUUCAAAUCAAGCAGCAGCAAAGGAGAGAAAACAUUAGAAUUUGUUCCAGUAAAUCUACAUCUGCAGAGAAUGCAGGUACACAGUCCUCACUUGAAAGAUGCUCUCUACGAUGUCAUCACUGUGGGAGCCCCAGCUGCCCAUUUUCAGGGAUUUAAGAAUGGUGGUCUGCGGAAACUACUCCAUAGAUUUGAAACAGAAAGAAGAAAUACUGGGUACCAGUUUAUUUACUAUUCACCUGAAAACACAGCCAAAGCAAAAGAAGUUCUCAGCAACAUCAAUCAACUACAACCUCUUAUAGCAACCCAUGCAGACCUACUACUUAAUUCUGCAAGCCAGCAUUCUCCAGACAGCUUGAAGAAUUCUUUAAAGAUGCUUUCAGAAAAAACAGAGCUCUUUGUACAUGCCUUCAAGGAUCAACUCGUCAGGAGUGCUCUUUUAGCCCUCUACACUGCAAGGCCAGGAGGUAUUCUUAAGAAGCCGCCCUCUCCUAAGAGCAGCACAGAGGAGAGCAGUCCCCAAGACCAGCCCCCACUGAUGAGAAGACAGGACUCCAUACCACAUCAUUCAGACUACGAUGAGGAAGAGUGGGACAGGGUGUGGGCCAACGUGGGGAAGAGCCUGAACUGCAUUAUCGCUAUGGUGGACAAACUGAUUGAAAGAGAUGGUGGCAGUGAAGGCAGUGGCGGCAACAAUGAUGGAGAAAAGGAACCUUCAUUAGCAGACGCCAUCCUCUCUCACCCAAGAGAGGACUGGUAUGAACAGUUGUAUCCCCUCAUCCUUACCCUGAAGGACUGCAUGGGAGAAGUGGUGAACCGAGCCAAGCAGUCCCUGACGUUUGUGCUCCUUCAGGAACUUGCAUACAGCUUGCCCCAGUGUCUGAUGCUGACGCUAAGAAGAGACAUCGUCUUCAGUCAAGCACUUGCUGGACUGGUUUGUGGUUUUAUCAUCAAAUUACAGACAAGUCUGUAUGACCCAGGCUUCCUACAGCAGCUUCACACAGUGGGGUUGAUAGUACAAUAUGAAGGACUGCUAAGUACAUACAGCGAUGAAAUUGGAAUGCUAGAGGACAUGGCUGUUGGCAUUUCCGAUUUAAAGAAAGUCGCAUUUAAAAUAAUUGAAGCCAAAUCCAACGAUGUGUUGCCAGUUAUAACAGGAAGACGAGAACAUUACGUGGUAGAAGUCAAGCUUCCAGCCAGAAUGUUUGAGUCGCUGCCUCUACAGAUUAAAGAAGGGCAGUUGCUUCAUGUGUAUCCAGUACUCUUUAACGUUGGAAUCAACGAACAGCAAACUCUUGCUGAGAGGUUUGGGGAUGUCUCUUUGCAAGAAAGUAUUAAUCAGGAAAACUUUGAACUUCUACAAGAAUAUUACAAGAUAUUUAUGGAAAAGAUGCCUCCUGAUUACAUUUCGCAUUUUCAGGAACAAAAUGAUUUAAAAGGAUUACUAGAAAAUCUCCAUCAAAAUAUCCAAUCCAAAAAAAGAAAGAAUGUAGAAAUUAUGUGGCUGGCUGCAACGAUUUGCCGCAAACUCAACGGUAUUCGUUUCACCUGUUGUAAAAGUGCCAAAGACAGGACAUCGAUGUCAGUGACACUUGAACAGUGCUCCAUCUUGAGAGAUGAGCACCAGCUGCACAAGGACUUCUUCAUCCGAGCACUGGAUUGCAUGAGAAGCAGACAAACCCAGGGAGCACUGAGUGAAUCCGAUGAUCCUGAAACAGGCUGUCUAACUGAUAACAAGCCAACUUCUCGACACUUCUAUCCUGUCGCCUUGCUGCUUGUCAGCUCACACCUGCUAGUUGUGUGGCUUAUUUUAAGUCUGGCGUUACUAUUAGCCAAAUACCAAUAAGUUUUAUGUUGUAUCCCUUUUUCUUUUCUAUAAAUGACAAUGAACUUUAUGGGGACAAUGCUGUAAUAUUUUUACAUUUUCAGAUUCACGGAAUUUAAAAAAAAGUGUUUAAAUUGUGUUUUUGUUUUUCCUAAAAUCUAAAAAUCAAAAAGUACUAUGCAUUAAGUGGUUUAUUUUCCUCUUUUGUUCAUGGAAAAGUGUUUCCCACUGUUAACUAGCUCAAGAAGAAUUUUUAAAUGACUGUCUUUGGAAUAAGACAAAGAACAGAAUCCUGAAAGCUUGAAGUUCUGAACCUCCUGUCCUCAUCCCAUUAAAUUUAUUAAAGAAAUUAAGACUGAAUUUGCACAAACACUGAAACCCUGAAACAAGUUCUAGAGAGAGAUAUGGGAGGUUGCAGACUUUAUUUCCACUGUGCUAAUAUCAUAGAUGCCAUCUGCUGAUAGAAACUUCUGUGUUUUUGUUUUUGUUUUUUAACCUGUUAUUUUACUUCUUUGCUGCAAUUAACUCUUUUCUGUCAAGUAACUUUAUGGAGAGAAUGGCUAUUUAUGUUUUGUAAUUAAAUUACCUGUUUGUAUCUCUUGUUUGGGUUGAUUUGGCUUUCAGAGAAUUUUUCUAUUCUUUUUAACAAGGUCCUACUUGUGUCUUGAUGUACCAUUCCUAGCACUUGUGACUUUUGUGCUGUCCAUGGACAAGCACUCUUCCUUUAUAAAGCUGAGACUUGGCCCAGGCUGCUUGGAAAGCCAUUUUCUCUCUUCCUUGCACAGCUAAAAUAAUUAAAUUAAAAUAGAGAUGAAACUUUUCUUUAAAAAUCUAUAGGGCCAGACUUAAUAAAUUAAAUGCCUUAUGUCUAGAACCUGCAUCCUUAGGGCUACAUAUAGAUUUUAAUGUGUUUUAAAGAGACUGAGAAAUUAAUUUGUGGAAAUGUUAUAAAAAGGCAGAUAUAUUUAAUAAAGUGGCGCUGUAUUGUGGGGCAAAUUAUAUUUAAAGAGUUUAUUAAACUUUAAAUGUCUGUUAAGAGUAAAGAGACUUUAGUCAUCUCUUUCAGAGGGCAAUAAUGGUAUUGGGCCUGGCCUAGGAUUUAAUUUUGUAAGAUGUAUCAUCACUUGUGGAAAAAAAAAAUGUAGAGUUGAAUCUUUGUUAUUUUUACUUGGACUGUUGCUGCAACUCUGCAUUAAACAAAUAAAGCAUAUUUAUUUA